ACCAAAAGAAAAGGACAAACAUAGAAGUCGGACCAGUUAUUUGUCAGCAAGAUGUCUGCAGAAAUUCACCCUGAGCCAGAACUGAGAGUGAAAUACAGGACAAGGAUCCAUGAAGAUGAAGGAGGCAGAGAGCAAAGCGAGGUGGAGAUGUUAGACGAUGGAGAGCAGCACUCUGAUCUCGGCUUACAAAGACCUGAAAACAACAACCAGAAGAACCUUCAAGCUGUGAAUAGAAGCCAUGUUACAGUUUUCAAGGUGUUCCUGGGAGUGAUGUAUCUUCUGAUUCUGGCUGGAGUCAUAAUACGCUUAUCCUGGAAAAUAAGUGAACUGAACAACAGUAACAGUCAGCUGCAGGCCAAACUUACCGCUACAAAAACUAACUUCAGUCAGCUGCAGAGCCGUCAUGAAAUCCUGAGUAAAAAUCACAGCCAGUUAAUGGAUGAAAUGAAGAAGCUGAAGAACAAGAUUGAAGAGAUCAGCUGUCUUGUUGGAUGGAAAAGAUUUGGAAGCAGUUGUUACUUUAAAUCCACUGUGUUGAAAAACUGGUCAGAAAGCAGGAAAGACUGUCAGGAAAGAGGAGCUGAUCUGGUGAUCAUAAACAGCAAAGAGGAACAGGAAUUUGUCAGAAAACUGAGUCUAUCAUCCUGGAUCGGUCUUGAAUGGAAAGAACAUGGAUGGAAAUGGGUGGAUGGAUCUCCACUGACAGUAACGUUCUGGGAAGAUGGAGAGCAGGACAGAUACAGCAGUUACCGAGUGUACAACAGUUAUGGAGGGAAAUGGGAAACAACACAUUUCGCUAAUACCAUUAACUGGAUCUGUGAGAAAAACUCUUCUGUCUCAAUGAUAUAAAUGUGUUUGCAGUGAUUAAACUGUCAAAUUUGACACCAAAAAAUAUUAAGAAAAGUUUUCUUUGUUGUAAAUUUCAGAUGUCGUGUGUCACUCAUAAUCUACAUAUAUCGUCCCUCUGUAGUCUAAUAUAUAGACAGAGUAGUGAAGGUGGAAGUCAUCCAUACAACAACAACAACAUAUAAACUUUGUUCCACUCAUUUAUUGUAAAACAAGGAAAACUGCAGCCUCUCUUUACUUUGUUUACUUGCUUGAUUUAUGAUGUUUUCUUGCUAAAUCUACAGUCAGUAUCAUCUUUAAUUUAUCUGGCACACAUGAAGGUAGCAGCUGAAGAUUUUAACAAGAAGAAAAAUCCUCAAUCUUAGUUGUUUUAAUCUGGAUUGUGUGAAUAACUGCAGACUGAUCAAUGGAGGAGAACUUUCCUCCUUCUGAUAAAUGUAAACAGAAAUGUGUUACGUUUCUUUUGCAAACAGCAGGAUGUACUGGAGAAUGACGUUGGUGGAUGCUUCUAUGGGCCACAACUAAUGUCUACUUUUUACAUGUAGUACAACUGUAAGGAUUGUGUUUUUAUACUGAGAUGGAAAAAGUAAAGAUACUGAGCUCUGGACAAAUGAGAAUUUGUGUUCUACAAAUUUAACUAAACACUGAAAAACAACAUAUUAUGUUGGAUGAUAUAAAAAAAAAAAGUUCAACUUGUCAUCCAGGCACUAAUAUGUGGACAUUUCUAAAAGUCCCCCAGUUACAAAACAAUCUUACUUUUUGUUAAAUGUUUUUAUUUCUUAUCAGUAUUUGAUCCUUUUUACUCAUUCUAGACAUGUUGUGUAUGUUGCAUUGCUAAACCUGAAAUUAAAUCCUAUAUCUUAAGCCUCUACUUCUGCAACCUCACAGACCUUGCAGUGCUUGUUUAGCUUCUAUCAGAACGUCAGUGGGAUUCACUGUUUUCAUGAACCCUGUGAAAUGUGGACUGAAGGCAUGACUGGUGAAACUUGCACUGAGAUCUAAACAGCUUUCAAAUAAAUGUCUGUUUUUUCAUGAUUUAUGAUCUUUUUCAGUCAAAUGAAACUUAUUUUUCCAAUGUGUGUGUCAGUUUCUACUUUAUGUUGUUAGACAGAUUUUAUUGUACUGGUUAAUUAUCCAAGGCCAUGAUUAUGUUUCAGUCAGGAAACAUUUUAGUAAUAUUGCAAAGAUGUUUGAUUAAUUAGAAAUACAUAAACAAAACUUUUACUUUUUCCUUGAAACCGUUUAACUGCACUUCAGAUGUUCCUGAAUGCGACACCAAGCAGCUCAAACAUUGCUGAUUUUUGUGAAGACACAAGUGUGAACAUCAUGUUUCAGGAAAACAGUUUCAUGCUUCUCGUGUAAAAUUCUAAUCAAAA